UGGGGUGUUGUCGGUGCCUUCGCAAAGGCAAUGAUGUCUUCAAGUGACAGGGAGGUGAGGCUCUGGCACAGGUUGCCCAGAGAAGCUGUGGGUGCCCCAUACCUGGGAGGUGCACGAGGCCGGGUGGGAUGGGGCCCUGGGCUGCCUGAGCUGGUGGGGGGCAGUGCUGCCCAAUAGCCAGCUCCUGCAGCGCUCCAGCAAACCCGAGUUCCCUGCAGCAGUCGCGCGGAUCCUUGCCCGGGGUGAGCGCGCAAAGCCCUGCGGCUAGCUCAUUUAUAAUUGCUAUAAAAACAUUUAAUGGCAGUCAUUCCACCCUCACCCAGUGAGCGGCGCAGCGCAGCGCUCAGCACAACCCCCCACCUGCCAAGACGGCGCCUCCUGAUUGGUCGCGCUGCUGCCGGCAAGACGGCGCCUUCCGAUUGGCUGAGCCGUUGCCUGGUGACGGCGGCUGGCGGCUAGCGACGGGCGCCAUGUCGACGCGAACGCUGCCGCUGCUGUUCCUCAACCUAGGCGGAGAGAUGCUGUACAUCCUGGACCAGCGGCUGCGCGCCCAGAGCAUACCCGGCGAGAAGGCCCGCAAAGAUGAAUGGACAGAUGUGGACAGGAAACGAGUUAUGAAUGACAUCAUCACAACCAUGUUCAAUAAAAAAUUUAUGGACGAGCUGUUUAAACCACAGGAACUCUAUUCCAAGAAAGCUCUGAGAACUGUGUAUGACCGGCUAGCUCAUGCUUCAAUCAUGAGGCUGAACCAGGCAAGCAUGGAUAAGCUGUAUGACCUCAUGACCAUGGCUUUCAAGUACCAAGUCCUGCUGUGUCCCCGGCCCAAAGACAUCCUGCUGGUCACAUUCAAUCACCUGGAUGCCAUCAAAGAUUUCAUCUGCGAUUCCCCCGGCAUUCUGAACCAAGUGGAUGAAACUUUCCGACAGCUGAUUGAAAUGUACAGCUGUCUCUCUGCUGGUGAAUUUCAGCUGAUCAGGCAGACACUCCUCAUUUUUUUUCAAGACAUGCACAUAAGGGUCUCUAUCUUUCUGAAGGAUAAAGUGCAAAACUCUAAUGGUCGCUUUGUGCUGCCGAUAUCAGGCCCUGUUCCUUGGGGUACAGAAGUGCCAGGACUCAUCAGGAUGUUCAAUUGCAAUGGAGAUGAAGUUAAAAGAACCGAGUUCACCACUGCUGGAAAUUAUGUCACUCCACAAAGGGAAGGAUCUUUUGAACUUUAUGGAGACAGAGUCCUCAAACUUGGAACAAAUAUGUACAGUGUCAGUCGGCCGGCAGAGACGCACACGUCAGGAUCAUCCAAAACCUUGGCAUCCAGUACAAAGGAGAAUAUAGUCCCUAACCCUCUUGCUAAAGAAGAACUGAACUUCUUGGCCAGGCUGCUGGGAGGGCUGGAGAUCAAGAAACCUGGUGGCAGCGAGACAGGAUUUCGACUGAAUUUAUUCACAACAGAUGAAGAAGAAGAACAGGCGGCGCUGACAAGACCUGAGGAGUUAUCUUACAAGGUUGUGAACAUAGAAGCCACUGAGGAGCCGGCGCGGCGGGCGGAGCUGGCCCGCAUCCUGGGGGACCUGGAGGUGGCCGAGCCGUGCGCGGAGAGCUGCGGGAAGGGCGAGGACCUGCUGGCACUGAUGGACGGGCUAUGA